UCCUUUUCUGUCUUAUAAAUGAUUAUCUAUAUACGGGUGGUCGUCGAUCAAGAUUUCCGUAUAAAUUGUUAAAUGAAGGUGCUAUAAGCGUUUAUUUUAUGAAAAAACUGUAGGUUAUAAAUUGUUAAAUAAUGAUCUUACUCGAGAUCAAUAAUAGAAUUAUAGAAGAAACGCUAACAGUAAAAUACAAAAAUGCACUGGCGCGCUUAAAGCCAGAAUCCAUAGAUGUGACGGUUGCAGAUUUUGAUGGAGUUCUCUUUCAUAUAUCCAAUAUUAAUGGAGACAAAACCAAAGUUAGGGUUAGUAUAUCACUGAAGUUCUACAAACAAUUAGAGGAGCAUGGCGCUGAUGAACUUCUCAAAAGAGUUUAUGGACCACUGCUCACUGAGCCCGAGUCAGGUUACAAUGUGUCCGUCCUACUGGACCUGGAGUCGAUCCCGGAGGACUGGGAAGAGGUAGUGCGGAAGGUGGGGCUGCUCAAGCGCAACUGCUUCGCGUCCGUGUUCGAGCGCUACUUCCGCCUGCAGGAGGACGGCGAUGUCGCGCAGAAGCGAGCGGUCAUCAACUACCGGCAGGAUGAGACGCUUUAUGUGGAAGCACAAGAAGACCGAGUGACGGUGGUGUUCUCGACGGUGUUCCGCCACGAGGACGACAUGGUGAUCGGCAAGGUGUUCAUGCAGGAGCUGAAGGAAGGCCGGCGGGCCAGCCACACGGCUCCACAGGUUUUAUUUUCACAUAAGGAACCACCACUAGAACUCAUGGACACGGAAGCGAAAGUAGGAGAAAAUAUCAGUUAUGUUACAUUCGUGCUCUUCCCGCGACACACCUGCGCGGAAGCCCGCGACAACACGAUCGACCUGCUGCACAUGUUCCGCGACUACCUGCACUACCACAUCAAGUGCUCCAAGGUGUACGUGCACUCGCGCAUGCGCGCCAAGGCCGGCGACCUGCUCAAGGUCCUCAACCGCGCCCGGCCGCAGCAGCAGCGCCAGGAGAGGAAGACCAUCUCGGGGAGAACAUUCGUCCGGCGGGACUGAGUGGGAGCCGCCCCUAGCCUUAUUCACCACGAGAGCGGCCCCCCACUCGGCCGCGCCCGCGCCCGCCCCGCGGGACGGCAAUGUGCGUAUUUCCCUCUAUGUGUUCCCGGUACUCUAUGUCGUGUUCGCGUGUCACAUGUCGCUAACCUACAAACUAUGUUUUCAAUUCGAAAUACCCCUUUACAAACAGGACAGGAAUGCCAAAUAUUUAAAAAUGCUCAAUAUUCUGCCGGACGCCGAACUUUACAAAACGAAAUGUGCACAUUGUUUUUAUAAAUAUUUAUUGUCAACUCUUCAUGCCUAGCGUAAAGUCGAUAAAUAAUGUUGCCGUAGUACUUGUUGAUGACAAAAUUAUGCUUUAUUAUAUGAGAGUUCUAUUUAUGAUGGCCGCCGAGCCCGCAUCCUUCUCGUAGCUUACGUAAUUUUGUUGAUGUGAGUGACCCGAUUACCAAUCCUCGAGUAGAUAAUGUAUUAUAAACCUAGCUAUAAUUGUUUCGGAUGACGGACUGUACAGGUGUACAUCUCCGGACAGGUAACAUGCACAAACUCGUACGAAUUACUCACUAUUAGUUUUGUAAAACACCGUCUAGUUUGAUAACGCUAUCUAUGCAAUAUACGAACAAUAAUUAUUUAAAUAAAGUUACUCUCUUACGUUGUUAGGUAGGCCCGAUUCAAUUAUAAUCUAAGUGAAAGUGUAUAGUAUUUCUCAAUAGAAUCUUCCAUAGACCGAGGCUGGGAGUGUGAACUGUGAAGGCCUUACCGUGCCGCUCGCGGCGGCGGCUCGAUAGAUCGCUAGGUUAGAUGCGAUACUCUGUAUCCCUUUAUAUGCAAUUCCAACUCACAGAACUUCAAUUCCAUAUUGCAUUAAAGAACAAGAUACAUUUAUUAUCUACAAUGAUUUAUAUAUUAAAAUAAUGUAUUAAAAGUUAUAAGAAUUCUUCGAAUUUAGUGUCAUAGUUCAUGAGAAAUAGAAAUGACACGUAAAGUGUUAGACCACUUCCGCACCAAGUAUUUGCUCAAGUCGAACACCAAGGAGCUCUAUAGGAAUAGUGAACUUUUCACGCUGCUAUAUUUAGCCCUUAUUUCUGACGCGACCUCGGUUUGAAAGGCAAUGGUUGGUAUCUUGUGAAGUGGCACUCUUUGCAAAUCUGAAUUGUCUACUAUCCUCUUUACACUCAUAAGAGUCAUAUUGCAAUAAUUUAUUUAAUAACGAAGAUAUUCAGAUUUGUAUGAAACUUUAUUUUAAAAGGAGUGCAAAGAGUAGGCGAGAUUAACUACGUAAUUUUAGGUGAGAUUGUGGCAAAUAUCGAUCGAGUCAUGGACUGAAAGUUAUUUAGACUGCGAGUAUCAAUAAUGGUUGGUUUGGAUGAAAUAAUGUAAACGCUAAGUCAUAAUUAAACUGCAUGAAUUGAUAACGUGACAGAAUAUUAACAGUUGACAGAUUCUAAAAUAUGCGGCAAGUAGUCGAGUAAGAAUGGAAUGUAUUACAUAAAGCGUGUAGACACAAUUUAACUAAAAAAAUUAGCUAACUUGAAUUUUAUGUAAUUUUUUUGCAAGAUGUAUUAUUUAUGUAUUAUAAAAUGUAAGUUAAAUGUUGCUUUAAAGUUAUAGCUUACAAUUUGAUAUUGUUUUCUGUCAGUUUAAGCGCCAGAUUAUGUAAACUGUGCAGAUUAUGGAAGUUAUUUGUGAAUAUGUAAUUAUUCUAGUGAUUUAAAAUCCGUUUAUACUGUAUUUUUAUUUUCUAGAUUAAAGAAAACAUCUUACUGCAA